AAACAAAGGCAAACGACACGAAAUUUCGACGCGCGAACUUCGGCUCCCGCCUCGAGUCGAAUAUGAACUCUUUCCCGUGAGCAUAAAUCACCCUUUUUUUGCUCCGGUUUGUUCGUUUUUCCCGUCACCAAGGGACAAAGAGACUCUUCUGAAGUGACCUAAUGCCUUUUGUCUCCCUGCCUUUGUCUCCAUCCUCGCGUUCUCCUCAAAGGCUCUUAAAAUGCCAGUCUACAAGAAGGUUCGCCUCAUCGGCUCUGGUUCUUUCGGCCGAGCGUACCUUGUUCGCGACAAGGACGACGCACAAAAGCUAUAUGUCAUGAAGCUGAUCGACAUCUCGCAGAUGGACGGCAAGACCAGAGACGAUACCUUCAACGAAGCAAAGGUCCUCUCGACGCUUAAGCCGCAUCCUUUUAUCGUGCGGUACCACCAGAGUUACAUCUAUGAAGACCAUUUAUGCAUCAUAAUGGACUUUGCCGCAGGCGGAGAUAUUGCAGCGCGUAUCAAAGAGCAAAAGAAAACAGGGCAUAGAUUCGACGAGAGCCUGAUUACGCGAUGGAUCGCCCAAGCUUGCCUCGGCCUGAACUACUUACAUAGCAUGCAUAUUCUCCAUCGAGACUUGAAGCCACAGAAUCUCUUUUUGACUGCAAACGACGACCUGCAAAUCGGAGAUUUUGGAAUCGCCAAGAUCCUCGAGUCUCCUGCUGCAUGCGCGCAAACAACCAUCGGGACGCCCUACUAUCUGAGUCCAGAAAUCUGCAGAGGGCAAAGCUACUCGCUCCCAUCCGACAUUUGGUCUCUCGGAUGCAUUCUCUAUGAACUCGCUUCCUUCACUGUUCCGUUCCACUCGAAUGAUUUGAAGGGUCUGGUCGACGCCAUCUCCGAGCUUCCCGUGCCGGCAGUGCCCUCCGUGUACUCAGACGAUCUUCGCCAGCUGUGCAAUGACAUGCUGAACAGAGAUCCAUCGAAGCGCCCAACUGCAGCGCAGAUUCUUCGGAUGUCUCCAAUCAAGGUGUGCAGAUUCCACACACGAACAAAGAGAAUGUGCGUAUGCGACCACGCAGCCGUAGUUAAUACCAAACGCCUGUACGUGUGUCGAUCUCCUACCUACGCUUUACACUAA